CGUAGCUGCGGAGUCCUUGGAUGACGUGAGAGCGCAUUAUUAUGGUCGGUCUCUGUUGUCUCGGCAUGAUCUUGGAGAUCUAGAUAACGGAGCAAGAGGACUAAUAAGUAGAGGGUUCGAGUGAUCAUGAGCGCGUCUAGAGGUCUUAUUCUUUGCGUUGUUACGGACGAUCUACCCCGCGGCGGAUGUUGACUAGUCAAUGGAUGGCCACGACAUCGCCACCUGCGCAAUGAAGAUAAAGACUGGCUUGGCGACCAGCAGAUUGUAGUGGCAUCCGAUGGAAUCGCCACACAGCCUCUGUGGCAGGCGGAGUUUCUUAUUACGGCGGCUGCUCGGAGGUAAAUCUAAAUAAGCAAGCAGACGAGUAUGCGGGAUUCUUGAAACACGAGCGAUUCAGCGCGCGAGUGAAGCACGCCAAGCACCACCUACUUUGAAUUUCCCGCACAAAAAUGGCGAGCACAUCAAGAUUGCGCGCUCGAGUAGCAGCUCAAAGAACAUGGAUAGUGCCGGCAGCUACACCAUCGUUUGGCUUUCUCUUCCUGUUUGUGUUCCGCGUAUUUGUGCAAAAUGUACACGCAUUUUCGUAUAUGCCGAAGCAGUUCUGGGGUAUCACGGACCGCGAGUUGCUGACGAAUGCGUCAGCCACACACUACGGCGUACUGGUAAAUCUCGAUGGCUUUCUUUGUGUCGAUGGGACUGAUACGUGGUCAAGAUGGAAACACCGAAACACCGACAUAAAAUCCGGUGAAGAAUGUGAGCAUACUUGCCUACUGCAUCUGGGUUGCGAGGUUUGGC